GAUUAAUGUUCGAGUGACCACUAUGGAUGCGGAGCUGGAAUUUGCCAUUCAGCCGAACACAACUGGCAAGCAGCUCUUUGACCAGGUGGUGAAGACGGUUGGUCUACGUGAAGUCUGGUUCUUCGGGCUUCAGUACGUGGACAGCAAAGGUUAUUCAACGUGGCUAAAGCUGAAUAAAAAGGUCACUCAGCAAGAUGUCCGGAAAGAGAACCCUCUGCAGUUCAAAUUCAGAGCUAAAUUUUUCCCGGAGGAUGUGUCGGAGGAGUUAAUUCAGGAAAUAACCCAAAGACUAUUCUUUUUACAAGUUAAAGAAGCAAUUUUAAAUGAUGAGAUUUACUGUCCUCCUGAGACAGCCGUCCUGCUAGCCUCCUAUGCUGUGCAAGCCAAAUAUGGAGAUUACAGCAAGGAUGUCCACAAACCAGGUUACCUGGCCAAUGACAGGCUGCUUCCUCAGCGGGUUCUGGAACAACAUAAACUGACAAAAGAACAAUGGGAAGAAAGGAUACAAACCUGGCACGAAGAGCAUAGGAGCAUGUUAAGGGAAGAUUCUAUGAUGGAGUAUCUAAAAAUUGCUCAGGAUCUAGAAAUGUACGGAGUAAAUUAUUUUGAGAUCAAAAAUAAAAAGGGCACGGAACUAUGGCUGGGUGUGGAUGCCUUGGGCCUUAAUAUAUAUGAACACGAAGACAAGCUGACACCCAAAAUUGGAUUUCCUUGGAGUGAAAUCAGGAACAUCUCAUUUAAUGACAAAAAGUUUGUUAUAAAACCUAUUGACAAGAAAGCGCCGGACUUUGUGUUUUAUGCUCCCCGUUUAAGAAUAAAUAAGCGAAUAUUAGCCCUAUGUAUGGGCAACCACGAACUCUACAUGAGAAGAAGGAAGCCUGAUACAAUCGAGGUGCAGCAGAUGAAGGCCCAAGCCAGAGAGGAGAAGCAUCAGAAACAGCUGGAGAGAGCACAGUUAGAAAAUGAAAAGAAGAAAAGAGAAAUAGCUGAAAAGGAAAAAGAGAGAAUAGAACGCGAAAAGGAUGAGUUAAUUGAACGCCUUCGACAAAUCGAAGAACAGACGCUAAAAGCACAGAAAGAGCUAGAAGAACAAACCAGAAAAGCUUUAGAGUUGGAACAGGAAAGAAAGAGAGCAAUAGAAGAAGCUGAGCGCCUGGAGAAAGAACGACGGUCUGCAGAAGAAGCCAAGGCGGCACUGGCCAAGCAAGCUGCGGACCAGAUGAAAAACCAAGAGCAGCUGGCUGCUGAACUUGCAGAAUUCACUGCCAAGAUUGCUUUACUUGAAGAAGCAAAGAAGAAGAAAGAAGAAGAAGCUUCGGAGUGGCAACAAAAAGCAUAUUCAGCACAGGAAGAUCUAGAGAAAACCAAAGAAGAAUUAAAAACCCCUCUCCCUCCACCCCCUUCAGCACCCACAGAGAAUGAGCAUGACGAGCAGGAUGAGAACAGCGCUGAGGCUAGCGCAGAACUGUCUAAUGAUGGUGUGAUGAACCAUCGCAGUGAGGAGGAAAGACUAACAGAGACACAAAAGAAUGAGCGAGUAAAGAAGCAGCUUCAGGCUCUAAGUUCAGAGCUGGCUCAAGCUAGAGAUGAAACCAAGAAAACGCAGAAUGAUGUCCUCCAUGCGGAGAAUGUGAAAGCUGGCCGUGACAAGUACAAAACGCUUCGCCAGAUCAGACAAGGAAACACCAAACAGCGCAUAGAUGAGUUUGAAGCGAUGUGA